CCAGGCACAGACCAACGCUGUUUCUGGUACUGCCGCAGGGUCAAUGCGUUUAACAUUUUAAGUCGAUAAAAGCUUUCGUAACGUCUGUUUGUGAGCCAAACACGUUUUCUAUGUAGCCCACAACCACGCGGACUGACUGUCUGUCCCGGUGUAAGACCAUAAACAUGGAUUGGACAGCGAGCUGCCGGGCCCUGCUGUGCUGCGUAUUAGCGCUGCUUUGCUGCGCCGCUUUCACACACAAGGGUGUUUGCAGUGCCGGCACUGUUUCCCUCCCUGAAAGCCUGCUCUUUGUGUCCACCCUUGAUGGAAACCUGCACGCCGUGAGCAAGAAAUCAGGAUCCAUCAAGUGGACCCUGAAAGAAGAUCCAGUUCUUCAGGUCCCCACGCAUGUGGCAGAGCCGGCGUUUUUACCUGAUCCGAAUGACGGCAGCCUGUAUUCUUUAGGAGGAAAGAACAACGAAGGCCUGACAAAACUGCCAUUCACCAUCCCAGAGUUGGUGCAAGCUUCACCCUGUCGCAGUUCUGAUGGAGUCCUUUACAUGGGUAAGAAGCAGGACCUGUGGUACGUGGUGGACCUGAUGACUGGUGAGAAACAGCAGACUCUGACGUCCUCCUUUGCUGAGAUGCUGUGUCCCUCUUCAUCCCUUCUUUACCUGGGACGUACAGAGUACACCAUCACCAUGUAUGACACAAAGAGCAGGGAGCUACGUUGGAAUGCAACCUACAGUGACUAUGCCUCCACCCUUCCUGAUGAUGACACCAAAUACAAGAUGGCUCACUUUGUGUCCAAUGGCGACGGCCUGGUCGUGACCGUGGACAGUGAAUCUGGGGAUGUGCAGUGGGUCCAGAAUUACAACUCGCCUGUGGUUGCUUUGUAUAUCUGGCAGCGUGAAGGCCUACGAAAGGUUCCCCACACCAACCUGGCAGUGGAAACCCUGCGUUACCUGACCUUUAUGUCUGGAGAGGUCGGCCGCAUCACUCAGUGGAAAUACCCGUUUCCCAAAGAGAAGAAGCCACAGAACAAGUUCAUGUCCACUCUAUAUGUGGGUAAAUACUCCACCAGUCUCUAUGCCUCCCCCUCUCUGGUCCAUGAUGGAGUCACUGUGGUGCCUCGUGGCAGCACCUUUCCAAUGCUGGAAGGACCCAGUAGCCAGGAAACAGAAGAGGACAAAGAGUGUGUCAUCACACCCAGCACCAGUGUGAAGUUCAACUCUGCACUGAGGGAGCAAAACCGCAUCAACUACAUGAGGAACUACCUGCUUCUAAUAGGUCACCAUGAAGUGCCACCUGAAGCUCACACAAAGAUAUUGGAGAAGUUUCCCGACAAUUUCCCUCGCAAUCCAGGCAACGUCAUUCCCCCUAAGACCGAGAAGAAAGUAGAGGAGAUGGUGAAUGAUAGUGGAAUGGAUGAAGGCCCUCCUUCCGCAAUGCCUGAAACAUCAAUUGUAGAACCUCUGUCCGGUGGACGCUCCAACCGCCCUGAGGCUCCUGUGGACUCCAUGCUCAAAGACAUGGCCACCAUCAUCUUCUCUACCUUGCUCCUGGCUGGAUGGGUGGCCUUUAUGAUCACCUACCCUAAAAGUGUCCACAAGCAGCAGCUGCUGCAGCACCAAGAGUUCCAGAGACAGAUGGAGGAGCGGCUGGAGCUUCUGCAGAGGCAGCAGCCGUUUCCACCUGCAGAAGUGGGCCUGGGCUUGGCCCAAGACAGCGACUACCUGGAGGUUGCACGUAUCCGCUCGGAAUGCUCGGAUCACAGCAGCCCAAAUGUCACACCUCGAGCAUCCAACCACUCUAACAUGUCCUUGUCAGAGUUUGGCAGCUCGGCCAAUGAGCAUGAAGAUGGAGAGGAAGAGUCUAGUUUGGUCCGUGUAGGUAACAUAACAUUUUAUCCCAGAGAGGUGUUGGGUCACGGGGCUGAGGGCACCAUUGUGUACAGGGGUCAUUUUGACAACCGCUCAGUGGCAGUGAAGAGAAUUCUCCCAGAGUGUUUCAGUUUUGCCGACAGAGAAGUUCAGCUGCUGAGAGAGUCGGACGAGCACCCCAACGUCAUUCGCUACUUCUGCACAGAGAGAGACCGUCAGUUCCAGUACAUCGCCAUCGAGCUCUGUGCUGCCUCACUCCAGGAGUAUGUGGAAAGAAAGGAUUUUGACCGUCAUGGACUGGAGCCAGUCAUGCUUCUGCAGCAGACCAUGUCUGGACUGGCACAUUUACACUCACUCAACAUCGUGCACAGAGACCUAAAGCCCCACAACAUUCUGGUGUCCAUGCCCAAUGCCCAUGGUCGUGUGCGGGCCAUGAUUUCUGAUUUUGGCUUAUGCAAGAAGCUAGCAGUGGGUCGCCACAGUUUCAGUAGAAGGUCUGGGGUUCCGGGAACUGAGGGCUGGAUUGCACCUGAGGUUCUUAGUGAGGACUGCAAAGACAACCCAACCUGUGCUGUUGACAUUUUCUCUGCUGGCUGUGUGUUUUACUACGUCGUGUCCAUGGGCAGCCACCCAUUUGGCAAAUCUCUACAGAGGCAAGCCAACAUUCUGCUGGGCAACUACGGCCUCGACCAUCUACAAACUGACAAACACGGGGACAUUGUGGCCAGAGAACUAAUAGAGCAGAUGUUGAGCAUGGAGCCCCACAAGAGGCCGUUGGCUGACAGUGUCCUCAAACACCCUUUCUUCUGGAGCCUGGAGAAAGAGCUACAGUUUUUUCAGGAUGUUAGUGACCGAAUAGAAAAGGAACCGCUGGACGGACCAAUCGUGAGACAGCUGGAGAGAGGAGGGAGGGCUGUUGUCAAGGGUGACUGGAGGGAACACAUCACAGUUCCACUGCAAACAGAUCUGCGCAAAUUCCGCUCCUAUAAGGGAGGGUCAGUCAGAGACCUGUUACGUGCAAUGAGAAACAAGAAACACCAUUACAGAGAGUUGCCUGCCGAGGUACAGGAGACUCUGGGCUCGAUUCCCGAUGACUUUGUCUCCUACUUCACUUCCCGGUUCCCACACCUGCUAAUGCACACCUACCUGGCCAUGUGGCACUGUGCCUCCGAGAGGCCGUUCCUGCCCUAUUACUCUGCAGUGCAGCCUGACAAAAAUGCGGCCAUGCACACACACACUGGGCCACAAAGACCAAAUGAGCUUUGCACUCAAGAGACCACGUCAACACACACAUCUGUGACGUCCCCACAACUGCAUGAACCUACAGGUUCAACAGAGCCAGUGCAGGUCUGUCAGUCACCCGCGGUGCCCUCAGGGUCACAUGAUGAGCCUCUACCUUCACAUUUGCCUGUACAGACAGUGGUUUCUGAAGUACACACUCAAACAGUAAACUUUGCAUUUGUACCAGAAGGGCAAAUGGAUUCACUCAAGCAAAACGACUGUGUUCAAUCUGAAUUGCACAUCUUGCCAAAUUCUCCCACACUGGACAAAGAUCCAGUGUGACCUGAGUUCUUUUUUUCAUCCCAGCACAAAUGGGAAUCUCACCUUCAUAAAGCGAAAGGGUGUGUAGUUGCUGCGCUUUGUGCUGGUGAGGACCAGGCCUGCAGUGCCUGGGAUCCACUGCCAGGUGCCGCUGCUGCACUUCUCUGUUUUAAGUGCCUUUCCCCUCAACUGGCUUGAAUUAUCCACGUCUGCCUCUAUUCAGAGGAGGUCAAAGACCUACCAGAGUCUCAGAGGACGACAGAAAAAGAAAGAUGUCUUCUGUGUUGUUCUUGAACAUGUGGGUACUUUUAUUGUGCAAUGUUGUAUUUCUGAGUGAGUUAUUUCACUGCACAUAUACUGUAUGUAUAUUUUUGUACAGUCCGAUUCACAAUAUGAAUCACCAAUGGAAAAUCAUUCAAAAUGGCCAAAGUGCCUUUUUAAGCAUCACUGUACUGUGGGUGCAGAUCUUUAUAAAUGACUAUGCUAAAUGUGCUUGAUUCCAGUUAAUGCUGCUAGACCGCUCAUCCUUUGUCAAUCAUUACGUUUGUGCUGACUCAUUCAGAGUAAUUUAAAAUUAAUUGUUCCAGGGCGUGGUCAGGGCUGCUUUGAAUACAGUUUGUAUUUUUUAUUCAUGGGUCAUUACGUAGAUGUUUGAGUUUAAUGGUCAAUUUUAAGGGUCUCAAAGUGAUGGCAAUGACUUGACAUUAAAUUCUAUUUUUAUAAAAGGACUGUGUUUUCAUUGUGAUUUUAUUGUGUUAUACCUGCAAAUGUAAUGUGAGAAUUUUUAAAUAAAGUCAAUAGCUUCAUGGAGUGAAGACAAA